CCUUCUUCCUACUCUCCUCACACUUGCUCCUAGCUCAUUACACAGCUCUCCGAUAGCUCCCAGCUUCGCAGCUCUCAUCUCCCUUUGUUCCCCAUCACCAGCUCACCAGCCACCCCUUGUACCACUGCAAUCCAUCAUGUCCGCCGAGACUGAGAAUACCCUCUCCAAGGUCGACUCCCUCGUCGAAGAGGCUCCCGCCAAGAAGGGCCACCGUAGAGGCAGCUCGCUCGCUGCCGAUGUCAAGAACAUCGCCGACCUGGAGAAGGAAGGACAGAAGAUUGAGAUUGCCCCCGAGACCCAGAAGCUGAACUGGAAACUGAACACUUCGCCUGCAUCAUUAGACGACAAGGAGGUGCUGAAGAAGCCGCUCUGCACGCCCAAGAUCAAGAAGAUCGACCUCCACUUCAAGCUCGGACUCACCGUCACCGCACGGAACCUCAAGGGUGUCACCAUCAAGGAUGCCCUAGAUGCCAUCUACAAGCAGUUCAAGAAGAAGGCUGACGACGAACUGGACCUCCCCAUCCUCGCUGGCUUCGAGUGGGAUCCCGAAGAGAACUACCAGCAGUUCAUCGUACAUCUGAAGAAGGAAGGUGCCCAGCAGCCGUCCAAGAAGAAGAAGAAGGGUGGUGACGAGUAGUGAAUGACUCGCCCCCCAACUUCCCUCUAUUCAACCAUCUCCAGCCUCGAACGUAUUCGAUAUCCGAACAUCAACGAUGGCGGGUCUCGGGUGCGCACUCGAGCGCUGGCUACGACUCCGAAAGGGAAGGGCGAUGCUCGUUGCCGUCGACGAAGGAAGGCUAGCUUUCUGCGAAGCCUGGAAUGCGUGGAGUGUGGAGGUUUAGCGACUGCUAUGCUGUACUUUUGAGCGGCGACAUGAUCGCGGGUUCAUGAUAUACUCGGUAUCUUUUGGGUGGCUUGCCAGGUGAGAUGGCAGCCAAGGACCAUAUACUCUGGUACCAUCUUCAUCGAUAUGCUGGACAGCAGACGAUAGAAUAACAGGGAUAUUUGAGAAGCGCAGUGCCAUGUUUGAUGUGAUGUCGUCGGCGAAAGGUUUUGAUGAUGUG